GAAGAUAGGUUAUCCCUCACAAGUCCUGGUGUGGUCGGAAGGAGAUAGGUUUUCCGAACGAGACUCCCGUUGAAAUUCUGUGAGAUUCACUGGCGAUCAGGUGAACAAGUGAGUCGAGACGCCUAAAUUCUUCAAAGAGAAUAUCGGAGAUGUUCCCGUCGAAUAAAUGUCCAAGAAUUGUCGGCAAAGAGCCAAACUUUAGCAUAAAGUCAUUGCAGUGGUCAAGUGCAGACAGAUUAAGCUGCCGACCAAUUACAACGGGUGACGACUGACUAGUAAUAUCAUCUGACUUAGAUUUAGGUAAAGCUUCUGACUUACGUUUAGUUAGGCCAUGUUUACUUACAAGAGCCGAGAGCUUACGUCGACCAGUGACUUUUGGUCUCAUAAUGUCUCGAGGCAAUUUGCGAUAAAGAAAACUUCUGGCAGACAAGUUGACUGAAUUUCAGCCAGGGGCUUACGAUGUAAAAAUAAAUAACAAGUGUUCGAGAGCAAUCGGAUGCACAAAAUGAGAAUUGCAGAAUGCGAUUAGUGAACAAAGGGCAGAGACUAGCAGAACUCGAAAGGAGAUGGCAGCAGGCAGUUCUGAGAGAAGAGGCCUGUAUUUAAGGAAAUUCAACCAAAAAAACAAGUACUAAAAUUGUUAGGUGUCACAGAAAAACCACUUAAAAUAAUAUCCCCCACUUAUCUUCAAAAUUAAAACCAGCUCCACAGUGAUUUUUUUCAUUAAUCUUUUCCAAACCCUGACAAUAAAUUACUGAUGAAAUGUCUAAGAUGUACUCCGUUGUUGAGUUCAUCAACGGAAAGUCUGUCGCACUCGUAACAAAGGCGUGGUUCUAUGAUAAGAAUCGCGUCAUAUGGCUGAAGAAUGACAGACGGCGAAACAUUCUUCUCGAAAGUAAUGAGCAGCCGCCGAGUGGGACGAAAGUAUAUCCUGUCAACUUGACUCUGGAUGCGGCCCGGCGGCUGGCACAUAAGGCCGGGGACAUGCCGGACCUCUCCUUUUCGUAGCCCAUGGUGUAGGUCAGAGGCUUUAGAACGAAGUAGGAUUCACUUGUAAUUAAGAAUUUUUUGUAGAUUUGUCCGCAGGUUAACCUCCGAUUCGGAUGAUGAUGAUGAUGAUGACGAGAACAUAGUGGAACGACAGCCUGUAAGGCGACUAGCUGGUUGGCUGUCGCCAGCACCCAUACUUCAACAAGUAGCAAAAAGUCUGAUGGUCUGUAGGCCAAGACUUGAGGAAAACGUACCUACUACCUCGGCCAGAUGGAGGAGGCCUUCACCUUCAGUAGUACCCUCACUUCAGACUGCAAACGAAAAAGGAUGCUUCUGUGGCGCAGAGUGACAUAUGUAAAUCUGUGCACAGGGAAUUUACAUCUGUGCGGUUAGGACGUUCUCUACGCCCAUGGAUUAGAUUCGUCUAGUAAAAAAACUAGAGAACUUAGUCCAUAAUCAGAUGGUCCAUCAUGAGGAAUUUCGACAACAUUGCGCCCUCAUGGUUGAAAUACUUUGGCAAAUACAUGCCUCCACCGUCCUUGUCGGUCAAAGGUCUCCCGCACUGCGCUUGCCGCUAUGCACGAAGGACGCAUUCGAAGACUUCAAAGGGAAGCUAAACGAUGAUGCCGAUUUUCGGGAUGAAGUGGUAUGUAAAUAUGCAGCUUUAUUUAUUCUCCAUGAGUUAUAGAUGAAACAAACUAAUUGAGUUAGCGGACGUAACAACAAGGAAUUCGCGUGGAAUAUCCUCAAAUAAUCUGCCAGGACCACCCCGUUGCCAUGACUACUGUUUGUGGUGGCUCAGUAGGAAAGCAAUCCUUUAUUGGUAGUCCUUUGUAUGCACUCCUGUGUGGUAAGUUUUCCUCAUUUGUUAGCCGUUCAGAUGCCAUUUGCCUGAACCCCACCUUUGGUGAUUGCGGCCACGAAAUGGUUCGCCAUAAUGUCAUUGAUUAGUUUCAUGGAUCGAGGGACCGCUAUGGCAGCGAGGCUAAACGCCGGGAGGCAAUCGCAGGAAGUAGAGAUGAUACACAUUGCCCCAUACUGUCUCCAUCUGAAGACACGUUUAUUGCCAUCGACGAAAUUUACAUACUUAAGGUUAAAUAUUCAUACUACUGCGGUGAGCUAAAUUAGUAUGAAAACUGUCACUUACAUUUUAAAGUAUUACUUCCUUCCGCCGACCAUAUGUUUUCCCAACAAUUGUUUUUCUUCAACUGUAGGAACCAGCCGUCGAUGCGAGGACUUCUGAACGCCCAAAUGAAUGGCAUAACAUAAGUUAAAGUCCACUUAUAUACUGGCACCGACAUUUAUUAUGAUUGUACAUAUUUUACAAUUCCUUUUUUGUUUCUACAACAAAUAACUCAUUCACAUGAAUUUGCCUCGCGUGCAUUUGAUAUUGGUUGCCGAUUAGUGGGUAAAUGUACGGCGGGGUCACGGUGAGUACUAUGUAAUACCGUAGUACUCUACGUACGCAAGGUGGGUUUCGACGUGUAACGUGGGAACAGUGAGGCACUGCGCCUCAGGGGACUCGCCAUACAGGACGAUAUUUUAGUGGUGCAAAUGUGGGCGGGAUGUGGCGUCCCCUGCGCAUUUUUCGCUGGCGGGGCCAGGCUGGGCUAUCGUGUUGAAUGCCCCGCCACAUCUCCGCCUAGCCCCUUCAUAACCCCCUCCACCCCCGCCAUUUUUGAUGGGGUUAGGCGGGGCUGGUGCUGGCAGGGGUAGUCACGGUUUGCAAAAAAUUCCUUUGAAGGGAGUCGAAUAGAUCUAUUAGAGCACCUCCUGGGCACCGUUAGUCUCCUUUCAAUACAGGCAAAAACCUAAACCAAACUCACCCCUUUCGCCUGCACUUUGUCUUCUUUGAAUUUAGGUGUCUGCUUUGUCAAUAAGUCGCGAUUGCAUAGUUUGUUUUAAUUUGAACAAUAGAACAUGAUUUCCAAGGCAAAAUAAUAGCGAAGUUCAAAAAAUGCACAAUAUAUGCAUUAUGGAGAAUGACGUGUAGCGUUUUGUAGGAUAUGUGGUAAUGAAUACAUCGCCCUUUUGUGAGACUUGAAGGCCUUUGACAUCGGCCUGCCAUUGACAUUGCGUUCGAGUUGAACAAAUUAGUGUCUGAUAGCCACCUGUUGUCAAAAUAUUUGGGCAUUGCCCAAGUGUUGCUUGGAUUACCAGCUGGAAAAGAUGAAUAUAUAUCAAGAGCAGUGAACAUUGAGGGGUAAGUUAUAGUCCAAGAUGUCCGAAAUAUUGAAUUAUAUAUCAUAUCUUUCUUGCUAAUGUUUAGUAUGCAUAUACGUAUAUGCAUAUAUUGCCUAAGUACUUAGGCGAUAUCAAGUCGCGUAUCUUAUAAGAUAAGAAAUUUGAGUAAAAAUUUGAUCGGUGGGUCCUUUUGAAAUCGCAACGUGACUGUAACCUACUCCUGAAUCUGCGCAGAUUCCAGCGCCGGAAUUCCUUCCAGUGAUGUCUCCAUUUCUGGUACCUAGGUACUUUACGCUCUUCCUCUGCAUUACCAAAGGUGGAUUUGCUCUAUCUUUCUCGCUCGUUAGUUUGUGGCCAUGCUCAUUCGAACAGUAAAUGUCUGUCAUACAAGGCGUCUUCGAAAUUUGCCACGACUAGCCAAUUCUCGCUCUCAAAAACAUUUUCUAUUCAAGAGUUAGGUUUAGACACUAAACGGACGCUUCGGACACAGUUUAUCACCACAUCUUUGUGGCAACCACCGGCUUCAUAAGAACAAAGAUUAACUGGGAACGAAAUAAUGUAUAGUGCCUGUCGCAGCACUAUUGCCUUAAGCUUCUGCGCCCGAGUCCGUCUAUAAUCGUCCUGACUCCGUCUUGCCGUUGAGCCACUGCGAGUGAGAUAGAAGGUGGGGCAGUUGCUAUACAAAUUUACUUAGAUUGCCAUCCAGCACAUGCCCAAUUCAUCGCCCCUAUUCGUCGCCUUUUGGGACACAUGUUGGAUAUAGUCGUUCUCGAUGGUGAAAAUUUCGCUGGCGUUUUCGGGGAUGCAUUUCGUGCUGCGGAGGAAUGACAGAGAAACAGAGUGCCUCGAAUACAUCUCGCCACACUCUCAUUUUACCAAGAACGGGGCAGUUUGCAUACACCCGAUUUCGUGCGUUUGCUUAUGCAUCAUGCUCACGCCAUCUUCGCUUGUUCACGUCAAGUGUUCUCGUUUCACUCGCCCGUCCAUUUUAAACAGACGCCACAUCUUGCCGAAACAGGUGUCAGAACAUUAAUCAAGUAUUCCUUGACGCAGCAUCUAGGAGUUCAUCUGUCAACCUAACUCCCAAAUCUGCAAUUUAGUGGACUCUUGUGCUACAAAUAUGUGAUUGCUUGUAAUUGCAGCAAGAGACAUUCCUAGUCAAUCUAAAUUUUACAGAGACUAGUCCUGGGAUGAUCUUAAUAUCUAUAGGCAAACUCGACGAAAAUGCUUAGCGUACAUAACAGCAAUGAGGAAAUAUGGAAAAUAGGCCUAAAUCAUGUAAAAGACGUGAAACCUAUGUGAUAAUUUAUACCGCCAGACACCAGAGUACACGGUGCACUCGUUAUCAAAAUUCGCUUCCUAAUCUAAUCGUCAGUCCUCUUCUCUACCUUCAGUUCCAUCUACGUCUUCUGGACUGGUUCUCUCAACUUCCUCAGUCUUCAAUUGCUGCCACGUGCGGCCUAG